CGGGGCGUGAAAGCCAUUGCGGACGGUUAAAAAGCGUCGGUGUCUGGGUGUUGUUGUGCCACCUGGCUGUCAGGCUUCAGGCAGAGUAAAUAAUCCUUGAAACAGCUCUUCAGAUCUCCUGAGUGGAACUCCCAAUCUCAUUCGACGAUGGCAGCAAUUGGAAAUCGUGGCACUGUGAAGGAAGCGGCUGGUUUCAACGCAGACGCUGACGCCCAAAAGCUGAGAGAUGCCAUGAAGGGAGCUGGGACGAACGAGGCAACUAUCACUGAUGUCCUUGCACACCGUACUAUUGCCCAGAGGCAGCGCAUCAAAGAGGCCUACAAACAAACUGUAGGAAAGGAUCUGGCUGAUGAGCUUACCGGCGAGCUGAGUGGGAACUUCAGGAGUGUCGUCCUGGGUCUGCUGAUGUUGGCUCCUGUCUACGACGCCCAUGAGCUGAAAAAUGCAAUGAAGGGAGCUGGAACCGAAGAGGCCUGCCUCAUCGAUAUUCUGUCUUCAAGAAGCAACGAGGAAAUAAAAGUCAUCAAUACGGUCUACAAGAGAGAAUAUGGGAAGAGCCUGGAGGACGCAGUGUGUGGCGACACAUCUGGAAUGUUUAAAAGGGUUUUGGUUUCUUUACUCACGGCUGGGCGAGAUGAGAGUGACAAAGUGGACGAGGCCCUGGCUGUUCAGGAUGCCAAAGAGAUCUAUCAGGCUGGAGAGGCUCGAUGGGGCACGGAUGAAGUCAAAUUCCUCACAGUUUUGUGCGUUAGGAACCGAAACCAUCUGCUUCGAGUGUUCGAAGAGUAUCAGAAAGUUUCUGGCAAAGACAUCGAGGAAAGCAUCAAGCGAGAGAUGUCUGGCUGCCUGGAAGACGUCUUCCUGGCCAUAGUGAAAUGCAUGAGGAACAAGCAAGCGUUUUUUGCUGAACGAUUAUACAAAUCAAUGAAGGGGCUGGGCACCACAGACAGUGUCCUCAUCAGAAUAAUGGUCUCCAGAGCUGAAAUCGACAUGUUGGACAUUAAGGCUCAGUUCCUAAAGAUGUAUGGGAAGACUCUGCACUCCUUCAUCAAGGGGGACACAUCUGGUGAUUACCGCAAGAUCCUGUUGGAGCUGUGUGGAGGCGAAUAGAGAAACUAUCAGAGCAACAAUCAGACAUCUCGGUUACUUUAAACGCAUCAUGUUGAGUUUCUUCUUUCGUGCCGUUCUUUGUUUUCCUAAUGAACAGUGCCUUGUUUUACAAUUUGUAAUACCAAUUAA